AUGAUGGCUGCCCACCAGCCGUCCGGAGGAUCCAGCCCGGGGCAAAGAUGGUCGACAGCUCGGCCUACCCGAACCUCGCACCGGAUCAACGGGCGGGGCGUCCCUGAGCCGGUCAUCAGCUCCGACAGCGAUGUCGAGCUGGUAGAAGACCCGCGGGUGGAGCAGCGACGAUGCCAUGCCGAAUCUGUGGCAGCGGCUACGCUGGAAUUUCGACGGAAGUGCGAGGCGCGAAGGCGGAGCGAGGAGCGGCUUAUGAAGGAGAUGGAGGAGUCGCCGGAGUGGCAGGCCCAACUGCGGGCGGCCGAGGAGGAGGAGCAGCAGCUGUGGCGACAGCAGACGGUUGUCUGGACCUGGCCGGAGGGACCCGUAGAGGAGACGGCAGCGACGGAGGAGCCCCGAAUCUGGGAAGAAAGUGGUCCCCGGGUGAGCCCGCUGGAUCCCAGGACCCGUGGCAGACCGGAGCAGUGGGCGCCACCGACGCCGAGCACCGGACCAACAACGCCAAGGACAGGGCCAUCGACGCCAAUGCCUACCGGGAGCGCGACAGUUACCGCGGAGCCUCUGGAGCGAGGACCCUGGGUGUGGCCUGAGCCCGUCGAAAACGGCCGUCCUCCGCUCAAGCGGCAGCACUCGGCGCCCGAAGUGUCCGAGGUGGUGGCACGGCCGAAAUUGUCGCGGACGGUGUCGGCGCCGGAGGGCCAGCGAUGGCAAGAGAUCGCGGAGCAUGAGUGGCCCGAAGGGAUCGCGGAGACACCGGUGGUAAAGAAGGCUCGCAUCCUGGGCGGCAGGCGCAGCGUGCGCGUAUGGAGAGAGGGGCGCGCGUUCCGCGUCCGGUUGGGUCUGGCGGGCACGAGAGUGUUCGAGGAGCGGCCGAAAUAA